GUCGCCUAUUCUCCCAUGAUGUGCGAUUUCAGGUUUCUUCAUCGGCAAAAAUUCUCCGCCGUAGAUCUUCGUCCACUGAAAGCAAAUCUGCAAGGAAAGUCAAAAAUCCGCUGAUUGUUUGCGGAUUCUUCGCGUCAAUCCCGAAAUCUACACCGUCAAACCGUGAAGAUCCGCUUAUUCUUCGACGUCAAUGCGAGAUUCAGAUUGGGGAAGAAAGUGAACGAAAACAACCACAUUGGUGUCCAUAGGUUAUUCUUCGAAUGAAGGUUAAUUAGGUUUCAAAUUGCAGAGGUAAUUUCACUUCCUGAUUUCUUCCUAGCAGUAAUUUCACUUCUUGAUUUCUUCCUAGCGGAAUUACAGGUUAGAGGUAAUUUCACUUCUUGACUUCUUUUUUUAUUUUUUCUUAGUUGGAGUUCUAUUUUAAAUUCAUUUCGACUAUUAGGGAUUAAGGAGCAAUUAAUUUCAUACUUGAGGAAAUAAUCUAAACAAAGUUUAUAAAAAACUCCAAAUGUCCAGGUUAGAAAGUGCUAUUUCCCUGUUGACAUUGUAAUUUAAUGAAAAAGUUGCUUAGUAUGGGAGAUUUUAGAUUCCAUAUUGUGUCCUAGAAAAAUGUUUUAUGGUUUCAAAGCUUUGUUAAUAAAUUUAUGUUUUUAUUAACGGGAAACUUUCCACUUUGGGAAUAAGUUUAUCAAAAGCUUCACAUAAUAAGAUUAUUUUGAUUUUUGAAACCCCUGAUUUUGAUCACUUUGUUUGGGUGUAUUUAGUGUUGAUUUUGAGCAUUCGUGUACUUUUUUUCAUUUUCGGUUUUCAUUUUGUUUAUAGGUUUCUAAACUAUUUAUGACAUAUGACAUGUCUUUUGUAUUAGAUAUGUACACAUCAAGCUUGACAUAAAUCGUGUAACAGAAGAUCCUCCAAGUGGAAAGAAGUGUUUCUUAGUUUUAGCUAUAAACAUUCAAAGUUCAUUAGAGGAUCUUCUGUUUACAGGAUUUAUAUCUAUUAUAAAACUAGGGCCAAAAAUACUUGUGGAGUUAUACCAGACAAUACGGUGAAAUGUCAUCCUUUUUAUUUACGGACAUACACUAGGUUAUUAUUAGAGUAUGAGUUACAUAAGAUUAAUUUUAUACAUGCAUAAAUGUUGUUCCCCUUCAUGGUUGAUAAAUUUGUCCAUGUGAAGAUGAUUUUGGAACAACUCAAAAUGUAAAGGAUGUACUUAAAUUUAGAAUGUUUUUCACUUCCCCCACAUCCUCUUGAAUUUCCAAAGUUUUUUCUAUCUUAAAACACGAUAAGCGGUGUUUUAAUCUAAAUUUCGUUUGCUGGCAAUUCUGAAAUCCGUAUAUUUACCUUCACCCCAUCAAACACACAUACAAAGAACUACUGUGAAUUAUACUCCUACCGGUUCUGUUUCAUUCCCCAGUUCCUAGCACGUUUAAUGAACACCCAUCAUCAACAUAUUGUUAUGGAGGUAAGUUGUUGUUCUCAGUGCUAUAUGUAGCUUCACAGAAAAACUUACGAGUAUAAAACUGUGCGUGCGUGUGUUGAUAUAUAUAAAGAGAGUUUUCUAAUUGCAAGACUAACAUGUCAUGUGACAUGACAGCUAACUUGGUUUUCUCUAGCUCAGUCGGAAUAUGUCGGAGAGUUACCCGGCUAUAAAGUCUGGAUAUCAGUUAGUUUGCCACGAUUGGUCAUAAUUUCUGAUUGAUGAUGUUCACGAUGAUGAUGAACAUGGUGUCCCGAUCUUAAAAUCUGGACUGCCUGCACGGGGUCACAACACUGAUUUUGUGUUUACCAGUGCAAGCCAUGACACUGGUUUUGCAAUCAAAUGUCCGAUACGGGUAAAAGAAUCGACAUUGAAGGUGUACAUUUCUACUUUGAUUUUGGGUUUGGUCAUCGAUUAGGUUCUAGGUUGUCUUUUAACUUUAGUGUUUGACAAUCAAAUUUGCGUUAGGUUUGCGGGUACAAUCCGUUGGAUUUUAAUUUUUAGGUCAGACUCUAGGUCGUGUUUUGAGUUAAGGCAAUUGCGUUUUACUGUCUUGUUUUUUGUUGUGGUUCUAAAUACUAUCAAAUUGUAUGAGGAGCACGACAGAUUUACUUCAACAACAGACAACAUAGUAUACAACGAAAUCCUACAACACAAACGGUACUCUUGCUGGACAGGACCACUGGACGCAUAGUACCCAAUAAAUCAGGUUGCUAUUUCAAUGGAUACUUAAUUACUGGGUGUUUUGCAUUACUAGGCUCUCUGAUUCCCAUAGAUGUAAAAUGCUGUUAUGGUCUCUGAUCUUCUUCGCACAUUGUUACAGUACUCUCUGCGCAUUCUAAGGUUGAGAUUAGCUAGGCAAGGUUGAUCAAAGAGGUGUGAAAAGUUCAUGCAGUAAGAGAGUGUGGACUUGAAGUGCAAGCUGUAGGGAUAUGGCUUUCAGGGUAGCCACACUAUGGAGCUGCUGGGACAACGGAAAAAACGUAGGACCCACGUUUGGCUUCCAUAACUUUGCUCACGCCAUUGCACAACCAAUUCCAAUGGACAACAUCAUCUUCGGCAAUCCCAUAGCGCCAAUAAAGGCCCAGUCUGCAAAUCAGGAAAGGAUUGAAGGGAACAUUGCUUACAGAUUCCAAGAUAUCACUUUCUUCAAUGGGUCUAUGGAACUAAUGGCCGUCCCUAAAAAGAAGGUUCAUCCUCUGACAACUUCCUUAACAUGACAAUUAAUUUUGAACACGCUGAAAGUACCAUUACAUAACCUUUUCAAAUUGCUAAAGCAGGUUACUCGUCACAAGAGUUACUCCAAAGCUAUUGCCAAUGAAUCACAGGUUACUCGUCACAAGAGGGGGGAUACGAAAUGGACCAAAGGCAUUGAAACCUCAACCUCUGAUAAUCCGCUGCACGUAAGUACUUUCAAUAUCUCAUUGCACCCAAACUUGAAUGCCCCCUGCCAUAAAAAAGAACGACAAUCCCAGUAAAACCCCGUGAAAGUAGGGUUUGGAGAGGGUGAUAUGUAUCCAAAACUCACCCCUACUUGGAAGUAUGCCUAUUAACUCUCAAACACAUUAUGUAAGUUAGUAGGGUUUGUGGCAGAGUGAAAUUACCACACUUGUUCUGUUGUGGCGGGAUUCGGCAAGAGGCAGCGCAGUAGAGGGAGAGGAUGAUGAAAUGAGGGAGUAGAUAUGCACUUUUCAUUGCUGAACCAGCACUUUGAGUGAACCAUUAGCAAACAGUUCAAAGUCUGAUUUUUUUAAAAUAUUAAAAGUACACUUUUUCUUUGAAGAUUUGCCAUUGGUGUUGUGUUCAAAUGGUUUGUUUAGUCGAAAAAUCUUCCAAGUAUUAGCUUUGUUUGACUUGUCGUAGAGGAAAACAGGUUACAUAUUUGCAAGAUCAUCAUAUUCACUUGAAUAAGACGUAAGGUACGGAAUAUUAACACCACAGCCUCCUCUUAUAAUUGGGUCUGGGACUCUGGGUUGGCCCAACAACUUGUGACUUCAUUUUUAAAAAAUUUCAGGUUACUUC